AUGGUACUGUGGUCAUACCCGCCUACGCCCAAGCAAUUGGCUGUGUCUGCCGUCUUUUUCGUCACCGGCGCCGCUCUUUUCGCCGUCGGAGUCCACCUUUCAUUCACAAACAUAGCACCGCAACAAGCGCGCACCAAAGCCCGCGGUGAAUUUGUCAAACAACGCCUCCGUAAAUAUCUUGAAGAUUAA